UUUAAGCUUUAUUUGUGAUUUCAUUUCGGAUUUUGGAAAAUUGCAUCAUUCAAUAAUGUGAUUUGGCAGAUAUUGAGUAAUAAUUUAAGUUUUAUGAUUAUUGUAAUGUCACACUAAAUUUGGCACCAAUACACAUAGGCUAAAGGCAUAAAUAAGAGGUUAGAAAAGUGGAAUUAUUAAAUAAUGUGAUUUGGCAGAUACGCAAUAUUUGUAUUUUGGUUGCUGCUUUAUUUGCAGUUUACAGAAAAUAUUGAUGUUAAUGCUUAUUGUUUUUUUAUUAUUGAAGCAUUAAAUAUUUUUAUUUUGGUAGGGUAUUAUUAAUUUAAUGGAAGGAGAAUCUGAAACCCCUGUUUCAACUAACCCACCACCACCAUCAGCCCUUCUACAUGAAUCUAAAAAUCCACAAAGACUAUCCCCUUACCUAAAGCCACAAAGACAACCCGUCGACAAUCCCAAUUGAAGGGCCCUCCCUUUUCUCUUCCAUUAUUUGUUUGAGUUAUUUAUUUAUUUAUUUAUUGGUCUUAAUUUAUUUUAUUUUAUUUUCAUAACUCUUAAAAUUCUGGAUCCGGUGUAGGUGUAGAAGUGUUUUCCUUUGAAACACACUACUAACACACUACCGUUUGAUAAACCUUGAGCAAACACAACAAACGUCAUCCUUCACCGUUGGAUCCCACAAACAGAAUUAGGAUUUGUGUUUUUGAGGAUUUGAAUUAGGGAUUGACGGCGAAUUGCAAAUCGAAUUUAUCCGACACUAAAAUCACCACGUUUGUUUCGAUGCUGGUAAAAGGAAGAAAGGUUUCUGGGCGGGGAGAGGCCGUGGCGGCGAACUACGCGUUCGGGCCGCUCGAAGAUGACGUAAUCAUCAAGCACAGACUUCUCACUCGAACCACAACCACAAGAGGCGAACCCCCAUUGAAGAAGCUCCAGAAGAAGUUCACAUCCCUGUUCGUCGAGCUCGACAAGAACGAGGACAACUAUGGCGAUUGCGACAAGCUGGCCAAAGCUUUCCUCCAAGAGCUCAGCACCUUCGAGAUUCCGCUCCUCAAGAGCAAAGCGGUUGUGGAUGCGAAUCUCAGAGAGAAGCACAAUUUCGACGAGUUGAGGGAGGAGAUCAAUCGGCAGAUAGUGCAAGCGCAGACCGACAUUGAAUUGCUGAAGAAGCAGCUUACUAAAAGAUUUUCAGGGAAUUUGUAA